ACUCUCGUGCCGCCGUACGAAGGGUGACCCAGGCCAGGCCAGGUGGCCGCGGAAAACAAACUCGGAUCCAGUUUUUCAGAUACUUUUUCGGAUUCAGUUACUUUCGAAGUUUCUCAGCGAACGGAACACGCGGCGGACGACUUUCGACGACUUCCUCCAGCCGAACACGAGAAGCAAAUCUCUUAAAUAAAACACGAAAAGCGAGCAGCAUCUUGUUGAGAUUCGAGAUUCGAGUGCGUGGAGAAUUGCGAAGCAUACAGUUUGAAGAUACAUGGUACUGCUUUUGGAUUGUGUAAAUAGAAUAUCAUAGGGAGUAAAGUAAAGCGCGGUUUCACAGUGCGACACAGUGCGAUUCAUAUGCAAAUCCGGAACUGAGGCCGAGAGACAUCAUUUGCGAAUUAAAUCAAAACACGGCGGGCUCUCUCUCCGAGCCGGCAAAUCCUGGCAACAACAAUUCCAGGACGCUUCGCUGAGCACUGAACUUUUUCACGUUACGCGACGCGAGCAGUUAACAGUUAACCGCUUACCGUUACGCUUCCGCUUACGUCCUCCCUCCUUACGAGUGCGAGCGAGUAGACAAUAGGCGAACGACCCGACCGGGAUGCCGCCCACGUAAUGUGUGCCGAAAUUUAAAUUCCGCUUUAUGCAAAUACGACUGACUGUCUGACUGUCUGACUGUCGGCGCUUGACGGAGAGUGCGCGAGUGUGGGUGCGUUGCAUGUGGAUUACCAUAAACGUAAACAAAAGGAUUAGACGUUACGCUGCCGGGAUUGCGAGUGCGAUUGAAGCAGCACCUGAGUUUUUCCAAUAGCUCUGAGAUCCAGCUCCAGCUCCAGCUCCAGACCCAGGUUGCAUCCGCUGUCUGCUAUCUGCUACCUUGAGCUGCGACUCCGAUCCGUUCGACGAGGCUUUGUCCGGGUGACAAGCGAAACUAAUGAGCGACCAGCGCAGGACGGAACCGGAAGCAGCAACGAAAGUAAAAUUGCUUAAAUAAAUAAUCGUAACUGUGAUAACACCAAAGAAGCUUCGGCCGAAAGCCCCAGACAAAGGCCAAGACAGUUGCGUAAUUACCAGGCAUCCCAUCUCCAUCUCCAACUCCACUCUCCACUCACCACUGACCAGUGCGUCGUGACCAGUGAUUCUGAGAGUAAUAAAUGUCAACGUGGCUGCUGUAGCCAGCCGGCAACAAGAAAAGUAAUCACAACUAUUUGCUAAACCCAAGCACCCGGCUAACCGGCGCACAAAAUGGACAGCACAAUGUGGCAGCGAACAAGAAAAGCAGUUACGACAACAGCAGAGGCUGGGGCAGGGGCAGCCCAUGCUUCGGGAGUGGCGCAUUCAAGUUCAAGGCGGUCAUCGUUAAUCACAUGUUUUAUAUCCUGCCACACGUUCAGCUUGCUCCUGCUGCUCCUCCUCGGCUGCGUGGCGAGCGGAGCCCGGGCAGCCAGCAAGCCGGCCACUCGCAGCAACAAAACAUCGGCCAACGCAGAGGCAGCCGAGUCCGGAACACCCAUUUGGGAUCAUGCCAUCGAUUUGAAUGAGGAUUUUCGCAUACUAUGGCAAAUCAUUAAUCAGGAUAUUACGUUCGAAAUACAGGCACGUACCCUGGGCUACGUCGGCUUCGGAUUCUCGCCCGAUGGCAAUCUGGCCGGCGCCGACAUGGCCAUCGGCUGGGUGGACAAGGGUCAGACCUAUUUUCAGGAUCGACACGUCACACGGAAUGGAAACCCCGAGCCGGUGGUGGAUCCCUCGCAGGAUUAUAUGCUGAUGCUGGGCUACGAGAACGCCACGCACACCGUCCUCCGGUUCCGACGCAAGCUGGACACAUGCGACGCCAGUCACGACAUUGCCAUAACGAACGACACGAUGCGCCUGCUGUACAUGUACCACGCCCACGAUCCUCCGCACGGCUCGGUGCGGCCCGGCACCCUCCCGGACCCGGCCGGCGCCUUCCGCCCCUACCGCCCCAUGGUCCUGAUGCAGCGGGCUCAGAUGCCCCUGCCCUCGCCCACGCACGACGAGCGCGUGCGAGUCCUGGAGCUGCGCAACGAGGAUGUGGAGCUUCCCGCCGGCGACCUGCCCCUCUUCUGGUGCAAGAUGUUCAAGCUGGAGGACAUCAAUCGCAAGCAUCACCUGAUCCGGUACGAGCCGAUUUAUGAUUCAUCGUCCAGCGUGCACUACUUGCAGCACAUAACGCUGCACGAGUGCCAGGGAGCGCACGCCGAGCUGGAGGAGAUGGCACGCGAGCAGGGCCGCCAGUGCCUGGGCGCCCGGUCCAUACCGCUGGCAUGCAACGCCAUCGUGGCCUCCUGGUCGCGGGGCAGCGAGGGAUUCACGUACCCCCACGAGGCCGGCUACCCGAUCGAGUCGCGACAGGCCAAAUAUUAUUUAAUGGAGACCCAUUACAACAAUUUGAAGCCCGACUUUGCCCAAUUGCACGCCCGACAAAUGGCGGAUAAUUCGGGUUUGAAAAUCUACUUUACGCACGUCCUGCGACCCAACGAUGCCGGCAUAUUGUCAAUCGGAAUGGACCCCAACUGGCGCCACAUCAUUCCGCCGGGCCAGAAGCACGUCGUGUCGGAGGGCCAGUGCAUCGAGGAUUGCACCGGGUAUGCCUUCCCCCCGCAGGGCAUCAACAUAUUCGCGGUGAUGAUGCGCACCCACCAGAUCGGCAAGGAGGUUAAGCUGCGCCAGAUUCGACAGACCGAGGAGCUGGCGCCAAUUGCACACGACAGCAAUAUAGAUGUUGCCUAUCAGGACUUUCGCCGGCUGCCACAAUCGGUGCAUUCCAUGCCCGGGGAUAGACUCAUCGCCGAAUGCAUUUAUGACAGUUCGUCACGAAAGGCAAUUACCCUGGGUGGGCUUACCAUGAAGGAAGAGAGCUGCACGGUGCUGACACUGUACUAUCCUCGCCAGAAGAAGCUGACAACGUGCCACUCACUUCCCAGCCUGCCCACAGUGCUGCACUCUCUGGGCAUCGAGCAACUGGCAACCGACUCGAACCCCGUGCUUAUAUCAUCGCCACCCGAAUUGGCCGGAAUGACUCUGGAGGCACGUCUGAUAUCCUACGAUUGGGAAAAUCAAUUUGGCGAGUUCCAGGAGGCCACUCGCAAGGGCAGCUUCAAGCCCAUCUGCUGGGGGGCCAAGAACCAUGUGGUGCCGGGUUCCGAGUUCCUCGAGGGCUACAGCAUAAAUGUGACCAAGACCUACAAGAAGCACAGGCGGUGCAAGCCGAAGCGGCUCUUCGCCCCGCCCACCGAGCGCACCGUGGCCCCGCAGCCGACCGGGUCCGAUCUGAGCGAGCUGCCGGUGCUGCACGAGCUGGACAACAACAACAUCAUCGAGGGAGCGGCGCGGAGCAGCCGGAGCUCGGCGACCGACGUCCUGGGCAUGAGCCAGGGAACCGGACGAGCCGGCGAGUUCUCCAGCCGGCUCCUCUGGCUGGGGGCCUCCACCUGGUGGCUCCUGCUGAUGCUUAGGACGUGAGGGGACUCCGUCUAAGGAGGUCCGUCAGAGGGGAUUAGAAGCAGCAGCAGCAGCAGCGCCAGCAGCAGGACGCACAGGCACCACCGUCUCAACACUCAAAACUAAACACCCACAGGGCCAUGCCACACUCGCACACACACACACAGACACAGUAGAUGGAACUUCAGUGGCAAGCUGGCCAACUGGAAAACUGGAAAACUGGCAACACACCAUAAUGGCAACUCAACUACAGCUCUCAAACUAUAAAUGACAUCUCUUAAUCCUACUACAGAUACAAAUAGACGCCGAAGGACGUGCGGCAGGAGGAGGACAUUAAAUAUUCAUAAUAAGCUAGCAUAUAAAAGCUUCCCCGUAGUCCCCGGUCCCGGCCCUGGCCCUGGCCGCUUCCCUACACCUAUGUACACCUGCUGGGCACCCCACCCGUCCCUUUGAUUUAAGCUCCUCCCUCCACGGUUUUGUUGAUUUUGUUCUAGAGUUUAGUAAAUUAUUGACGAUA